AUGCAACAAAAGUGUGGAAGGUCAUACAGCUCAAGUAGUGUCCCAGCCAUUACAGAUAGAGUUUUCAAGACUAAGAAUGAAAUAGAAUGUUGUCACCUAUGUUUGAUACUUGAUCCUUGUUACUCGUUUAUCUGGAACGGCUUUUCGCAUAAAUGUCACAUUCGUUCUUCUUCGUUAGAUGGAAUUUUCACAGACCAGACAGUACAAACAGUGGGAUAUGUUGUCGGACAAUAUAGUGAAGAGCUAGAUGUACAAUGUGCUGGAAGUGGUUAUGAGUGGUACCCAGAUGACAACUUUUGCUUCCAACUGUACACCACAACAUUGAUGUCACAAAGUGAAGCUAUGGCAGACUGUUUAUCAAAAGGUCAACGGCUGGUCAGAGUUGAUACGACAAGAAAACAUAAACUAUUGGUGGAGGGUAUUCAGCAGCUAAGCAUGGCUUUUAAUGGAUUCUGGAUUGAUGGAUCGGAUGAAAUCACAAAAAAUAAUUGGCUGUUUGUUGAUGGUACUCCAAUCACUGAAUUUCAUUGGGGUGCUGGAGAACCAGCUGCUAUUGGAAAAGAAGAUUGUCUGAUCAUGGGAUCUAUAGUCGACUACGACUGGAAUAACCUGGCUUGUAGUCAAAUGAGAGAAUACAUCUGUGAAAUUGUUUAA